AUCAUUGUCAAAUCAAGCAUUAGUCUAGGUGCACUUCCGGAAGCUAAAGGAUUUGUGUCUUGGAUCCCUCCCCAUGCCGUAUCAAAUGCUAUUCUUGAUGUAGCUUUCGCGGAAGAAGAACCUCCCAUCGCGGUGAAUCUGGUGCAUCCGAGACCGACUGUAUGGAAGACGUUGAUGCAGCCCAUUGCGGAUGCCCUGGUUGAGCAUAAAGCAACAAGUUACCCGCUACCUCUUGUGCCAUUCUCAGAGUGGCUCGAAAAGCUUGAAUUGAGCGCCAAGGACUUGCACCAAGAAACCAUGGACUGCAUUCCUGCCAUCAAGCUUCUCAACUUCAUGCGUUCCAUGGCUCAAUCAGACAUCGCGAUCAGGGCAUCCAGAGAGAUGGGCUCCGAAGCGGGUGGCAUGACUUUAUUUGCCACUGCCAUAGCCGAAUGCAUCAGUCCAACGAUGAAGGAACUGAAGUCGCUGUCUUCAGCAGAUGCGGCGCAGUGGGUGGAUUAUUGGGAGGCAAUGGGGAUGUUUCAAUGA